CCAAAGCAACAUUCAUGAUGCGUGUGCGUGCAUACGAGACUGUUUUUUUCUACAGGAAGAACCUGAGCUUCGAACAAAAGUCAUUGCGAGUAUCUUUUAAGCCAUUAUUUUCAAAGGUCCUGACACAGGCUGAGGUCACGCGUUGACUGCCAUAGGAAUACGUUCGAACUAAAACUGAUCAAGGACGCACAGCUGAGCACAAACCAUACAUUUCUUUUCAACUCAACGUGUUGUCAUCUGUUUGUCAACUGGAAAGUCACUCAACAGAAUCCCACAAGAUUAAUACAGAGAUGGAUGAAUCCGAAAAUGAAAUUUUGGAGGCGUGUGAAGAAGGCGCCAAUGAAUUUGAUCAAAUGUUUGGUGAUUUUCUUGGAGAGCUUGAAGAGCUCACUAAAGACAUUGACAGAGGAAUUGCAUCUGACACAACCAUUAGCCAGCCUGCUGCCAAGCUCAAUGAGUGGCCCACCAUUAACUUAGAUGACAUGCUGAACGACAGCAUGGGGCUGGACACCCUCAUGGCAGACCUUUGCUCCAUGGAGGAAGAGCUCAGUCAGAUGACCAUGGGAGAUGUUCUGAGCCAAGAGCCUGCCGGCUGCCCAACUGUCACAGACCAGCCACCUGCACAGUCACCUUCGCAUCUAUACGCACAGCUAGUCGCAAAGUCACCCCCAAAGCAGGAGCAGAGGACUGCUGCACCCUUGAGCAAGGCCCUGACACCUGUGGCCCCUGGGUCAGGAAGUCCACAGCCCAGCCACGAGCUGCCUUCCUCCACGAUUCCUGAACCUCCACCUUCCACCCCCAAGCCCGAAGAUGAGAAGUCUUACCGAGUGAAGUUAAGCUUCCUGGAUAGCGAAACCUCGUUGCUGUUGCAUCAGAUGGCCGGAAAACCUGCCCAGCUACUCUCGGAGGAGGAGAAGGCAGCAAGAAUAAAAGCUGAAAAGAUCCGUAUUGCUUUACAGAAGAUGAAGGAGGCACAAGUUCGGAAGCUGGUGAUCCGAAUUGGCCUUGUGGACAAGAGUUCCAAGAACCUGAUGGUGGAAGAGCAGCAGUCAGUGCGCGAGGUGAUGGACAACCUCCGCGAAAAGACACACAGCACCAACAGCCCAGACUGGUGCCUGGUGGAGACCAACCCUGAUCUGGACAUGGAGCGGUUCUAUGAAGACCACGAGAACCUGGUGCAAAACCUGGUGACGUGGACCCGCGAUACACAGAACGGGCUCACCUUCGUGGAGCGCAGGGAAAAGAACGCUCUCUUUAAAAACCCACAGAAUUAUCUGCUGGGAAACAAAGAAGCUAAGGAUGUGAAGGACAGGGAUAAAGAAUCACUCCUGGAGGAAUGUUUCUGUGGGACCUCAGUGGCUGUACCUGAGCUGGAAGGAGAGCUUUUCCUCAAGGAAGAUGGCAAAAAGUCAUGGAAGCGGCGCUACUUUCUGCUUCGAGCCUCUGGAAUCUACUUUGUGCCCAAGGGCAAGACCAAGACCCUGCGGGACCUCACCUGCUUCAUCCAGUUUGAGAAUCUCAAUGUGUACUACUGCCUGGACUACAAGAACAAGUACAAAGCACCAACAGACUGCUGCUUCGCGCUGAAGCACCCUCAGAUUCAGAAGAAGUCGCAGUAUAUCAAGUACCUGUGUUGCGAUGAUGCACGAAGCCUUCAUCAGUGGGUCACUGGCAUCCGCAUUGCCAAGUAUGGCAAGUAUCUCUAUGACAACUUCAAGGAGGCGAACAGGAAGGCGGGCGAGGGCUGGCCCACCCUGGCCAACUUGGUUGUCAAAACACCAGAGCCUACACCAGGUGUGGUGGCCGACAGCCCGACAUCGAAAGGAGUGCGCAGCACCAACACCGUCAGCGCCAUCUUCUCCGAGGCUUGGAAACGAGGCACCGAGCUCACACAGGUCCACCGGGAGAGUCAACUGGAUGAUGUAUUCCUGCCACUCCCUCCACCACCUGGUGCUCUGGAGAACUCGGACACAGCAGGAGCAGAAAUGUCCUUUCCUCCUCCUCCUGAAUCUUUUGUGCAAACCAAGGUCCAAGGCCCAGCGCCACAAGCUCGGCCCAUUAUCAAGUCAGAUGAUGUUUCUUCUCCAUCUCCUCCUCCAUGUGAUGGGUUUCCUCCUCCUCCACCUGACACCUUUCCUCCCCCACCUCCUCCAGCAGCAAUACCUCAAAGCAGGCCAGCACCGGCGGCUAGAAUGAGUGCCAACCCGGCGAGCGGAGUUGUUGUGGCAGUCAGAGCAAAGAAACCUCCAUCAGUGCCACAACGCAAAUCGAGCCGCCUUUCAAGCAGCGACAUAGAACAGGUGCAAGGCAUGAUGAUGGCAGAUGACUUUCCACCACCACCCCCGCCUGAAGAGUUUAUGCCACCUCCUCCAUCUUUCCUUCCUCCACCACCAAAAUAUUACCCUCCACAAGAAAUGGCACUGCCACCUCCUCCCCCUUGCAAUGCUCCUACACUUCCUUCUUUUCCAAAACCACGUCCACCAGCUGGCAAGGCACCACAGCCUCCCCAAAUCCCAUGUGCUCCACAGCUCCAUAACAAAGUUGGCACAAUACAUCAAGCACCGAGAGCCCACAAUUCCUUACCCUCAGCUCAACCCAGCAUGCCAGAUGUGUCCAUCUCAGCCCCUCCUGGUGCUGCAGUACCACCACCACCGCCCCCGCCGCCGCCACCGCCACCACCACCAGUUACAUCGAGUUCAACCAUGCAUGUAAAAGCAGUUAACCCUUGUAAUGUGGUCCUCAAAAAAACACCUGUCAAUCCCAUCCCUCCACCCAAGCCCAACUUCCUAGAUGAUCUUGCAAACACUCUUAGAAAGAAACAACUGGCACAAAACGCUGGGGAUGGAGCAACAGGACCAUCAGUGUUGACGCUGUCACCUCCACGACCCAUUCCUCCAAAGCCUGGCUUCCCACCUCCGAGUUUUCAUGGUACAGGUUAAUCCCUGAUAUAUAUGUCCAUUAAUUAACAGCAAGUUGGCAAACUAAUCGCUGAUUGCAAUUUUAAGAGUUAGCGUACACAACCUAACCUCAUAGAAACUAACAUCAAAUCUAAUUUUGAGUCUCACCCCCAUUACGUGAGAUUGAGAACUGUUGGUGCAGGAUUACUUCAGUGCACAAAAUUGUGUAAGUAAUUAACCGUUUUCAAUGUUGAAACUAGUAAAUUGCCCAAUUUCCCCAAUCAAUUGGAACAUUUCUCUGUUGCACCAUCAUGAUAUUUUUGUUUGUUAAUACAAAGUAUUAUUUGAAUAUGAAAAGGGAUGCUCAUAUUUAAUUGAAAACUCCAGUCACUUACUUAAAAAAAACAAUUUUUUAUCAUUUCGUAUGCAGACUCAUUCUUGGAAGAUAUAUGCUCACUGCAAUGCUGAAAACACUUUUAAAAUUGCACAUCAUCCUCGACAUUGUAUUUAAAUAAUGAAAAUGUUGGUAAUGAAAACAGAGAUCAGAGUUUCUUUGUUGUAAAGAAUAUCAUUAAAAUACUUCUUGCUUGAAUUUCAAGAAAUGUAGCAUAAAAUUUACUUAGAAAUUAAGUGUUACAGCACAACACACAAUGUCAGUGCAUUUUCAUCACCAACUAUGACAAAUUCUUACAUGCGCAUCUGUUUAUCUCUCAUAAUACCUAAUCUUCUAACGUCCAUAUUAUCUCAGAUAAAAAUGGUAUUCGCACAUUUGUGAUUGAAAUUAUCCUGCCAUAACACACUUAUAAACACAGUAUGUUCUGAUUUCCCAAGUUGUAUCAUGUCAUUAUAGAUCCAUCCAUCCAAUCUGGUUAAUCCCCUCCAACAUAUUUGUAAAUUAUGUGUCUUACACACAUCACUUAAUGUCAUGAUGUGGAAAUAUGACUUGCAGGUGGCCACAAUGUCAGUGGCAUGCAAUGAAGCCACUUCAGAUAAGUAGUGAAAUCUGGUAAAAACAAGAUAACAUCCUCUCUAGAUAAUGAGAUUCCCCAUCACCUGGAAAAAAAACAAAUGCAGUUCAAAAUUGAGUAACACAUAAUCCUAAAAUGAAAUACCAAUAGCCUCAUGCGACACUUUUGCAUGAGGCACGAAUCGAUUCACUCGGCUACAACAUUUGAUGAAUUGUCACAUAUGCCAGGGGAACUAAAUUCGUUUGACUUUUUAAACUUUGUGUUGUCCAGUCUGUUAAGUUUGUUUUGCUCCCUUAGUCUAAAUGGAAAAUUAGCUCAUCACGUGUGGAUAAAUUACCUGAAUCAUAAAUAAUCAUUUAUUACAUGCAUGAUUCAAUAUUUAAUGUAUCAUGAUUUUUACUGUAAUCUAUGAAUUGAUGUGUCAUUAAAUGCCACAUUUUCCCCA